AUGACAAGUACCAGUUCGGCCGGAGGUGCACGCCAGAGUCCCUCUGACAAGGAGAAGCUGGUCACGGUCCUAAGCAUCGAUGGCGGCGGUAUCAGAGGGAUCAUCCCGGCCACCAUCCUUGCCUUCCUAGAAGAGGAGCUCAAAAAACUGGACGGUCUGGAUGCUAGGAUUGCAGACUAUUUCGACGUUGUCGCUGGCACGAGCACCGGUGGCCUCCUGACGGUGAUGCUCACAGCUCCAGACAAGAAUGGACGGCCACUGUUCGACGCCAAUGAUUUGGCCAAGUUCUACAUUGAUGAGUCGCCCAAAAUAUUCCCACAGAAGAACUCGAUCUUUUCCAAGAUCAGCACAGCUCUGAGGAUGGUUAGCAGGCCCAAAUACAACGGCAAGUACCUCCAUUCGCUGCUUCGUCGGUACCUUGGUGAAACUAGGUUGGACAGGACGCUAACGAAUGUAGUUAUCCCUACUUUCGAUAUUGCAUACUUGCAACCCACAAUUUUCUCGAGCUUUCAGUUGAAGCACCAUCCUGCAAACAACGCUCUCUUGUCGGACAUCGCGAUCGGCACUUCCGCGGCACCAACGUUCUUCCCGCCACACUACUUUGAGACCAAAGACGACAAAGGUGACCCGAGGUCCUUCAACAUCAUCGAUGGCGGGCUCGCCGCCAACAACCCUACGCUCUGCGCCAUGAGCCAAGUGUCCCAGGACAUCAUAUUGGGGGACGGCGAGCUCUUUAUGCAGAACCCGGUGAACUACGGGAAGUUCAUGGUCGUGUCCAUCGGCUGUGGGCUGAACCCAAAAGAAAAGUACAGCGCCAAGGAUGCUGCCAAGUGGGGUAUCUUGAACUGGAUCGUCAAGGACGGCACCGCCCCCAUCGUGGACAUGUUCAACGCAGCUAGUGCCGACAUGGUGGACAUCCACCUCUCUGUCCUCUUCGGCGCCCUGCGCUCCUCCCACCGCUACCUGCGCAUCCAGUAUGAUCAAUUGAGCGGAAGUGCGGGCUCGAUCGACGACUGCUCUAAAGAAAACAUGGAUAGGCUGGUGGAGAUCGGGAAUGAGCUUCUCAGGAAGAAUGUAUCCCGAGUGGACCUGGAGACCGGCCGGAACGUGGAGAUGCCCGGCGAGGGCACCAACUCGGAGCAGCUCUCCAAGUUCGCAAGGCAGCUCUCCGCUGAGCGAAGCCGGCGCAAGAGUAUGCUUCAGAUUAACUAGCCUCGUUUGGCUGGCGCAUAUUGGGCAAGAAUGUGCGUGAAGAGGGCCCUCCAGUGUUGAAUUCUGUUCGUUUGGUGCAUCUUUGCCGUCCUGCUUUGUUCAUGUUGCAAUCGUACAGUGAUUGAGUGAUAUAAUAUUGUGCAUGAGUUGCAAAAUAUAGGUGUUG